AAGACACAGCCGAGUUACAACUUUCUUUAUUGGAAAAGAAGUUGUGCUUUGCACUGAGAUGUUAACUUAUACAUUUUGACAGGCACUGGAGGUUGUGAAGAAGGAUUGCUUAAGAAACUCACCCAGUUUUCAUUGGUGAGAGCACAGGCUGCUGGCUACUGCAUACCCCAGUCUAAACCCUGCCUACCUGAACUGCCAGAUUUGUGUUCAGAGCUAAGCUAUGCAGGAACCAUCCCAAGCACUGCUGUGUACAGUGGAGUGAACUCAGCCUCCUGUUGUCACCAGUCUCUACGGAAUUUCAUAAACAAGUGUCAAAAUGGAAGAGGCAGAACUGCUGAAGGAGCGACUCCAUGCCAUUACAGAUAAGAGAAGAAUCCAAGAGGACAUUGGGAAAAAAAGGAUAGAAAUAGAAGAAGAAAAAUUGAAGCUUCAAUAUUUAAAGAAAAAAUCUUUGAGAGAAAAAUGGCUCAUGGACGGAUUAAGUGCCCAGAGUCCACAGGAACAAGAGGAAAUAAGAAAACAGGCCCAGGAUGACCAACAACAGACCAAACUGCUGGAGAGGAACAUCCACAGGAUGGAAAAUGAAAUCAAGGCACUUGAACAGCAUGAGGUACAGAUCUCAACCAAAGAGGGAAUUAUAUUGAAAAGGUUGAAAGUAUUUGAGAAAUCUCCAGAAGAUAUCAUAAAGGCUGUGAAGGCUGAAGCCCAAAAAGAGUCAAUUGCAUAUGUUUAUUCUGAGAUUUCGGAUCUUCCGAAAUCUUACAAACCUUCAAAGCUGAAGAAAAUGGCAAGUCCAGAAUCUGAAGCAGAUAAUGAUCAAUCCAAACAAGCCUUGUUUGCAAUGGAAAUCAAUGUGCAAAAGGACAUGAAGACUGGAGAAAGUCAGAUUCUGUCAACGGCAACUGUCUCAGCAGAAGAGUUUAAAGAAAAAGGGAUUAAAGUAUAUGAUGAUGGAAGAAAAUCAAUUUUCGCAGUGCAUUCUGAUGGGGGGAACAAUCACAAUGGGCUAGAGGAACUGUCCCCAGUUGAAGUAGAGGAGCUGUUAAGGAAAGCCACGGAAAAGAAGUCUGCUUUAGAAUACCACAAACCAGUGUUCUCAAGCCCGUACAGCAGACCCUCAACCCCCAAGAAACAAGACAGGGAGCAGAUCAGCCCAGAACCAAACAGUCCACAACCAAACAGACCCCAAGAGAUGUGCGGCAGAUGCACUCCUGUUAAAACACAACUUCACAAUGAAAAAGCUAAUUUUCAAGAUGGCGUAGACCAUUCGUCUCAUUUCACAGGAUCGCAGAUGGAAGGACAAAAGCUCCCAAGCGGGAAUAACCAAAAUAUUUUUAAAAAUGGAGACAAACCACACAUGUCCAGAAGUAACCAAAAAUCAAUGCAGAUUCCUCACCAGGACCCAAGGGAAAACCAUUGUGCAGCAGUAUUUCUUAAUUCAGGAUACAGCAAUGGUCAGUCAUCUUUAGUCUAUCAAGAGGAUACUAAAUGCAACAUUCUACACCCUGUGCCUACCAAUGUUGAAAGCGAGGAACCAGUUACCAUGAUAUUUAUGGGUUAUCAAAGCAUAGAGGAUCAGGAUGAAGCUGUGGGGUUUGAGGGGGCUAUUCGGGCUGAACUGGUAGUUAUUGACGACGAUGAUGAUAAUGAUGAUGAUGACGUUGACCACGAUGAGCAGCCAUCUUACCAUCCUGAUGGGCAGCAUAGCAAGGUUUCCCAUCCAGCUAUCAACUCGAAGGCGGGUCAGUGUCUUCCAGAUCCACAGAUAAACCUGAACAUGAACAACAGGUCACCUUACAUAAAUUCAGUCCCAUUGCAAGAGAAAGAACCAAGCUUGACUCAUUCUCUCUACCACAUGUAUACUGAAGGGCCAAUGACUGGAGAUGGUACUGACGACCCUUCAGUGACAGCACUAAGACUGAGAAUGGCAAAACUGGGCAAAAGAAUGAUGUAAAAUGCCAAGAUGGGAUUUCAGUAGCUGCCUUAAGGUUUCCAUGAAGGCAAGCCAAAGAAAGGAUGUCCACAGGCCGUGACUUCUUUUUUGCACAAACCGCACCAGAAUCAACUGUUCAGUGACCAUUUUGAAUGUGUUUCAAUACAGUUUAUUUCUAGGAUUUAUAAAACUACUCAAUACGCAAGUGCAUUAGGAUUUGGAAAUCUAUGUUUUUACGCUGGGCGGGGGGGUUAGGAGGAGAAUGUAUCUAAAGAUUAUUAUUAUUAUUAUUAUUAUUAUUAUUAUUAUUAUUAUUAUUAUUAUUAUUAUUAUUAUUGGGAUAUUUGUUUCAUUUGUUUAUGGCUACACUCACUAUAUUCAAUUAAAAUGCAAUAUUCAUGAGACGUGCCUUUAUAAAGUUAACUCUGCUUUUUUGGUUGUUUAUGUAUAUUCACAUUAAAAAAUCUGUGAUUUGUAAUAGAUUUCUAUGUGUAGUAAAUUAUGUUUGGAAAAAAAAAA